AUGGGGAAACUGAUACGCCUCGAGCUUUUCAAUUUCAAAUCCUACAAAGGCCACCACACCCUACUUCUCGGUGAUGCGUACUUUACGUCCAUCAUUGGGCCCAAUGGCUCUGGUAAAUCAAACUCAAUGGAUGCCAUCUCAUUUGUCCUCGGAAUCAAAUCGUCACACCUUCGUUCGACCCAUCUUCGCGACCUCGUUUAUCGUGGCAGGGUCCUACGCCACUCCAAAAUCAAUAAUGAUGGUUCGGCAUCAAAGGAUCCGGCGAAUGCGGAAGAUGACGGCACCGCCGAGGAACCCGCGGAGGUCAACGAUCCCAAGACCGCAUGGGUUAUGGCUGUCUACGAGGAUGAUGCCGGUGAAGAGCAGCACUGGAAACGCCUGAUUACAAGCCAAGGAGUCAGCGAAUAUCGUAUUAAUAACCGUAUCGUUACUGCGCAGCAAUACAAUGAGGCUUUGGAGGCCGAGAACAUCCUCAUUAGAGCACGGAAUUUCCUCGUCUUCCAGGGUGAUGUCGAGUCUAUCGCGUCCCAAUCACCGAAGGACUUGACUCGAUUAAUAGAGCAAAUCUCCGGUAGCUUGGAACAUAAAGCAGAGUAUGAGAGGCUAAAACAAGAACAAGAGGAGGCGUCGGAGAAUCUAAAUUACCAGCUCAACAGACGCAGAGGCAUCAACUCUGAGAUCAAACAGUAUCAGGAACAAAAGAGAGAGGCAGACAAUUACGCCAGAAAGGCAGAAGAACGUGACGAAGCGAUUGUAACCCACAUUCUGUGGAAAUUGUUCCAUUUCCAGCGCCUCAUCAAAGAAUCUAGUGACGAAAUACAAAGGCACCAUGAUGAGCUGAAAGAAUUCAAACGGGGCGUCGAAAAAUAUGAACAAAAACUGGAAGAGGCGAAAAAGGACCAUGCACAAGUAGGGAGGGAGGUGUCGAAAGUCGAGAAAUCUAUCAAAAUGAAGGAUAGAGAAGUUGAAGAGACCACCAAUUCAUUGGUUCCUGUGGAUGAGAAGAUAGAGAUUACGACGAAGAAGAUUGCUAGAUACACUUCCAGAAUCGCGGAAAUCGCGAAAGAAUCCGAAUCUCAGUCGCAGACCGUGAAGCAACUGGAAAAAGACCUCAAGGUUGUGGGCAAGGCUCAGUCUCAAUGGGAGAAAGAAUUCCAACAAGCUGCGAGUAUUCAAGGGGUUAAACUAAACGAUGCCGACCUUCAAGAGUACAAUAAGCUCAAAGAAGAAGUUAACAAACGCUCGUCCGCUACACAACUCAAACUCGACAAUAUGAAGCGUCAAAGGAAAACGGAUGCUGAGACGGUUAACAGCCUUAAAAGCAAUUUCGAAAGUUCAGAGUGGCAAGUCAAGAACUUGCAGUCUGACAUGAACAAUAUUCUUGAGAGAAAGAGCAGCAUACUCGAAACCAUCGAACUCACUAGCAGUGAAAUCGAUCAGAGAAAAAAGGAACUCAAUAGUCUCACCUCGGAACGGCUACGUGUGGCGCAAAUGCGAACAGAACUCGAAGAAAAACUACAAGUUACUCUGAAAAAGCUGCUAGAAGCCGACGAUGGCCGUCAACAAAGUGAAAAGGAAUUGCGUACUAAGGAGAUGAUCUCAACCCUGAAACGUAUUUUCCCUGGAGUCAAAGGCCGCAUUAGCGAGCUAUGCCAACCGAAACAAAAGAAGUAUGCAGAAGCGGUGAGCACCGUUUUGGGACGUCAUUUCAAUGCUAUUGUUGUCGAUAAUGAGAAAACAGCAAAGGAAUGCAUCCAACACCUUCGCGACCAGAGAGCUGGGCAGGCCACUUUCAUUCCACUUGAGACUAUCCAAGUCAAGGCACUGAAUUCAAACCUCAAGGGUAUGCAUCGUGCAAUGCGCCCGGCGAUUGAAACAGUUGACUAUGACAAUUCCGUUUCUAGAGCAAUCAUUUACGCCUGCGGAAACGCGGUUGUAUGCGAUGACUUGGCUACCGCGAAAUAUCUGUGCUAUGAACGAGGUAUCGAGGCAAAGGCGGUAACCCUGGACGGCACUGUUAUCCAUAAGGGUGGGCUCAUGACCGGUGGCCGCGGUCCAUCGCAGAAGCAUUCUAAGCGCUGGGAAGACACCGAGGUUGCGAAUUUACACAAAUUAAAGGACAAACUUAUGAAUGACUUGAGUAACCUUCCGAAAUCGCAUCGCAAAGGGGCUGAGGAAGAAACCCUUCAAGGCCAACUUGCUGGCUUAGAGCAGCGCCUUGCUUAUGGCCGCGAUGAACUUAAGGCCCUUGAAAGGAAUUUGGAGAGCAAAGCCAAUGAAUUGGAUCAUGCCAAACGGCAAGUAGAAAGCGUGCAGCCCAAGUAUCGCGAGAAGCUGAAUUCGUUGGAAGAGUUGAAUAGUUCGAUCCAGGAACUCCAAGAGUCUGUCAGUGGCGUUGAAGAUGAGGUUUACCGCAAAUUCUGUCGCCGUUUGGGCUACAAGAAUAUCCGAGAAUAUGAACUCCAACAAGGGACACUUCAACAAGAGGCAGCAGAGAAGAAACUCGAGUUUACGACCCAACGAAGCAAGAUUGAGAACCAGUUGAGCUUUGAGAAACAGCGACUCCAGGGGACAGAAGACCGAAUAAAGGGUCUUCGAACGCAGGAAAACCGUGACCAAGCUUUGAUUGCUGAGCUCGAGGCCGAAAGGGAGACAAUACAAAACCGCCGAGAUCAAUUGAACGCAGAGAUAGAUCUCCUCCAGGAACAGCUAGAAGAACAGAGAACUCGCUUCAGCGAAUCCGCUGAGCGCUUAAAUGAUCAGAGACGUGAAGCGGCGAAACGGAAUAAAAAUGUUGAAGGCACGCUUAAAGCUAUCAACGUCUUGGAAAGCGAUGUGCAGCGCCAUUCAUCGGAUAGAUACGCAUUGCUCCGGCGCUGCAAAUUGGAGGAUAUUGAUAUUCCUUUAAAGGAAGAUUCGACCUCUUUAGAUCAACUACCAAUCGAUGAUCUUGUCCAAACGGAUCCUGAUGCAAUGGAAGUUGAUGAGGAUGUCAAUCUAGGCACCACAAAGGCACCAGCCGUUCAUGAUUACGGGCUGGAGGUGGAUUUCACCAGCCUUGGUGACACAUUGAAAGAGGAGUCUGAUGAUAAACUCGACGACGAACUCCAAGAACGAAUUCGCUCCCUCAAUAGUGAAUUGGACAAAAUGGCACCCAACAUGCGCGCUAUGGAACGCCUCGAAGGCACAGAGAACAAACUUCGAAGCAUUGAGAAAGAUUUCGAAGAAGCGCGCAAGCGCGCUCGUCGGGCAAAGGAUGACUUCGAGGAUGUAAUGCAAAAACGUUCAGAGCUCUUUAACCACGCCUUUUCUCAUAUCUCUGAACAAAUUGAGCCCAUAUACCGUGACCUCACCAAAACCGAGAGUUAUCCUAUGGGCGGUAAAGCAUAUCUUGACAUCGAGGAUUCGGAAGAGCCCUAUCUCGACGGUAUAAAAUACCAUGCAAUGCCUCCGCUUAAGCGCUUCCGAGACAUGGAGCAUCUUUCAGGUGGAGAGAAGACUAUGGCCGCUCUUGCUCUCUUGUUCGCCAUCCAUUCCUACCAGCCUUCCCCAUUUUUCGUUCUUGACGAAGUCGACGCUGCAUUGGACAAUACCAACGUUGCCCGUAUUGCGAACUAUAUCCGCGACCAUGCGGCCCCCGGAAUGCAGUUCAUCGUUAUCAGUUUGAAGACCGGACUGUUCCAGAAUAGUGAGGCGCUCGUGGGGAUCUACAGGGACCAAAGUGCCAACAGUAGUAAGGCGCUGACAUUAGAUGUAAGUGAUCUUUUCCGUUUAGACAUUCAAUAA